CCGACGCGCGCGGAGCGGACGGGCCCGGCCCCAGUGCGAUGCAGUGACUGAGCGCGCACCGCCACCAUGUCGACCACCACCAUGAGCUCGUCGGUGACGCCCUUCUCCAUCGCGGACAUCCUCAUGAAGCGGCAGGAGACGGCGGCCGCCGCGGCCGCAGCCGCCACCGCGGCGCACCGGAGGCUGUCGUCGACGUGCUCGUCCGACGGCCAGCUGCUCCGCGCGUCCCCGAUGUCCUCCCCGGGCCUGCCGCGCAGCCCCGCGAGGGCGCGGAGCCCCCACAGCCACGGCAGCCGCAGCAGCAGCCCGGGGUCCAGCCCGGCGCCCAGCCCGGGGCCCAGCUCGGGGCCGAGUCCCAGGGGCAGCCACGGCGGCGGCUACAGUCCGCGGCACCCCGACCAGCACGGCGACCUGCACGGCGACCUACACGGCGACCUACACGGCGACCUCCACGGCGAGGACCAGGCGCUGGACAUGCGCGCGCAGCGGCGGCAACACGAGUACAGCGACUCGGAGGGCGAGGGCGACGUGGACAUCGACGGCGACGGCGACGACGUGGACCUGCUGGACAUGCGGGGCUCGGCGGCGCCCUUCGCCUUCCUGAGCGCGGCGGCCGGGGCGCGGGGCGGGGUGCCGCACCCGCUGCAGCACGCCGCGCUACACCAGCUCGCCGCCCUCAAGCAGCACCGGCUCGCCAGUCUACAGCUUUCGGGGUUGCACGGCGCGGUGCCGGACGCCGAGGCCGGCGGCAGCAGCAGCGGCGCGGGGCCGGCCGUGCGCAAGAAGAGGUCGCGGGCCGCCUUCUCGCACGCGCAGGUCUUCGAGCUGGAGCGGCGCUUCCACCAGCAGCGCUACCUGUCGGGCCCCGAGCGCGCCGACCUCGCCCACGCCCUCAAGCUCACCGAGACGCAGGUCAAGAUCUGGUUCCAGAACCGGCGCUACAAGACCAAGCGGAAGCAGCUCCAGCUGCAGGAGCAGGUGGGGCCGGCGGGUCCCGCGGGCGGCGGGGGAGGCUCCUCGGCCAAGCGCGUCGCCGUCAAGGUCCUGGUGCGCAACGACCAGCCCUCCCUGUCGGCGCUGGGCGCGCUGCCCGACCACAAGCAAGGCCCGCUCAUGUACCCGCCGCAGGGCCUCCCCUUCCCCUACUACUACUACCCGUUGCUGUACCCCGGCGUCUCGCGGCUGCCGCCACCCGACCAGCUGGACCUGCCGCGGCCGCCCGCCUCCUUCUCGCCGCAGUAAAUUGACUCUCUCACAGACUCUUUUGUCGUGCGCUAAGACUCAAAAAUUGGCCGGGCGUUCUUUUGACUCUGUUUCCAAAGCGCAAGCAUUAUUUUGAUGAUCUAGCAGAAAUAGAUAGGUCACACGUUCAAGGGUAUUACUUUUAGAUUUUUUGUUUUUAUUAAAGUUAUGUUUUAUACUGUUGGAUAGUUUUAGUUCGUAACCCCACCACGAUAAAUGAAGUAAGGUGGGGUUAGGAUUCGUUUUGUAAAUAAAUGUAUUAUAGUUUUAAUCGCGGAGAGCAGCAAACGUAGGAACUAGUACAAUGAUUUUUAGUCAAAUUUUAUUGAUCUCUAUUAAAUAGGGCGUGUUGUGAUGCAAUGAUAUGUACAAACACUCGCACAAUUUUGCCAUGUGAAUGUCAUACAAAGAUCACAAGUGAUUCCGUGGUAAAAUGUGUUCUUUUGAUCCUGUCUCGCACCUCACCUGGUUUGUUUGUUAAAUACGACAUCACGAACUCAAGCGUGUACUUGUGAAAAAAUUGUUGUUACAAUAAAUGAGAAUUCUUUUUUGUUAGCAAAGUAUGGUUUGUC